GUAGUAAGUCGUAGUAGAGCAGCAGCAGUAGAGUAAGUUAGUGGGGGGAAUACAACAACAGACAACACCACCCCAUCAGGCUUGGAGGAAGCGUGCGAAAGAGGAGGUGUCUGGAGAAGGAAGGAAAGGAGGAGGGAGAAGCAGAAGCAGAAGCAGGAGGGAGCACAGCCAGCUAACCUGCUGCUGGUGGUGCCUGUAUUUGUCAUAUGUGGGACUUGUCCCCCCCCCACCCCACCUUCAUUCAUUCAUUCAUCUGUGGAGCAAGUACGUUGAUGAGCCCCCCUUCUGCCCCCCCUCCGGAUGCUUUUUGCUGGUGGGUGCCUGGCUUUUUGUUUGUUUCUAGCCUCCCUUUGCGCGCCUGCAUUCAAUGCGCCACACCCCCUCUCUCCACUCCUUCACCGUGUCUCCUCACCUCCCUCCCUCCCCCCUCGGGUUGGUUACCAUAGAUAGCACUGGUGGUGCUCGCUUCACAAAGUUACGCGAAGUUAGGAGUGUCGGUCUACCUUGUCGCUGCGUUGGUGUGGUGUUGGGCUUGGUGUCCAGCGUCACUGUGCAGAUAUUCAGGCGUCGACUCACUUGUCGGUCUUGAGCCGGGCAACUGUAUAGCUGCUCGUCUCGCAGCAUUGCAUUGUCGACCGUCGUCUGAGUAGCUGCAACGGCUGUUGCUGAGGUUGUGGUGUCUUCCGUCCAGCUCGUUAGCUCCGACAGUUCUUGAAGUCGAUACGUCCCCCCCCCCCCUUUCUUCUUCCAGUCCUACCGUGUGCUCUCUUAUUAUAAAGGUUGCGUGAGUCGACCUGGCAGGUGCUUUGGUUCACAUUAACUUGGGGGCCUGAAGGGGUGGAAGUGCGUUCGUGAAUUUUCUUCUGGUCUACGAGAUUGCACGGGUUGGAACUUCUUCUUCUUCACUUGACUGUUGGAGUGAUGCAGUACUGCGUGCGCGCGUCGUUGUCUGCACUGAUUGGGUGCUGUAGCAGGCCGGUGCGUUAGAAUCAGUGAGCGAGCCCCCUCGAGUGACGCGGGCUGUGUGGAGUGGUGUGCGCACAGCCUAGUUCUCGACGAUCGGUGCGGUGCAUGUGUGAGGGUUGAGCUUGGUCAGCGAAUUCGAGUCAUCGAGGUGGCGAAGUAGGUUUAGUUCUGUCGAGAGGGAGAGAACGAGAGAGAGAGGAGAUUCAGCACGAGGCUGCUGCUUCUCUCUCCCUCCUUUUCUUCGGAUAGCGCGAGAGAGGGCGGGAGGCAGAGCUCCACAGUGACAUUGCUUCGUCACUUGACAUUGCCUCCCCCUUCUCUCAGGUCCCUUGCUCUCGUUUGUUCCUCGCUCCCUUCCCGUCUCUACUGUGCACGUGUAACCACCUCAUCUCUCUUGACAUACGUGCACACACACACACUCAUCUAUACUUAUUCCUUCUUGACAUGCAGCUUAUCCCCAUCACGGUGGGGUUGUUUUGUUUUCUAAAUUGAAUUGUUCAUUGAUUAGGAUAAUCGCGUCAUACAUUGCUUUCGACAGUGUACUUAGUAUGUGCUCAGGGAACGAUUUGCCUCGAGGUUCCACGCCUCUCGCACUGGUUGUCAUUCAAGCCCGUCUCUAUCCGUUUUGAAGUAGUCGGAUAGUUUCCGACUCUCCUCAGAAGCUCAAGGUUCGGGGACAGACGGAGCUGACUGAGUUGCGGCUAGGGAGCUUCAAAGUCACUCCAAGCAAUCUCAAAUACUGUGGUGGAGACCCGGAGCUGGGUGUCGAGGUGCCUAACCAGCUAUCAAAUCGGCCUCAGGAUCAAUCAGAGAGCUACGUGAGGGCCAGGCAGCGCCUUAAAUCAGGCAUUGAAGCAGUAUCAAAGAUGGUGGCUGGGUAGGGAUGUAGAGGGAGACAGGAAGGCUGGAGGGGCAAGAGAGGUGGUUGGGCGAAAGCCGGAUGAGGUUAGGCGGCGUCACCGUGCAAGUAACUCCGAACGGCAAUCUGGGUGGGCGGUGCUUUGGGGAGUUGGGUGGCAUGGCGCCCCCGCGCCCCAUUCCCCCUCUGAUGUCACGCCCUCCCCCCAAGCUCUACACUUCGCCGGCACUGUCCCUUGCGCCUCCCACAGGUGUCGAUCGGCAGCGAGAAGCCAGCCAGACUGCGGAAAGCGAGCAGCAGCAGAAGAACAAGGAAGAGGAGUACGGGUCGCGAUCUGGAAGCGACAACAUGGAGGGAGGUUCAGACGAUGAUCAGGAUCCCGACCGCCCGCCGCGCAAGAAGAGGUAUCAUCGGCACACACCGCGGCAAAUUCAGGAGAUGGAGAUGUUGUUCAAGGAGUGCCCUCAUCCGGAUGACAAGCAGCGGCAGCAACUGAGUAAGGACUUGGGGCUGGAGCCUCGGCAGGUCAAGUUCUGGUUUCAGAACCGGCGCACUCAUAUGAAGGCGCAGACGGAGCGUGCCGAGAAUUCGAUGCUACGGGCGGAGAACGAGAAGCUUCGGUCGGAGAACGUGAUCAUGCGGGAGGCGCUCAAAAAUCCCCAGUGUCCACAUUGCGGUGGGCCAGCCACGGUGGGGGAAAUGUCGUUCGACGAGCAGCAGCUCAGGCUGGAGAACGUACGGCUGAAGGAGGAGCUGGAUCGAGUGUCGGCACUCGCUGCGAAGUAUCUCGGGCGGCCGAUUCCGCCCAUGGCUCCUCUCGCCCUACCCAGCUCGAGCUUAGAUCUUCAGGUAGGAGCUGGCGGGAGCAGCUUCGGUGGCCUGCACCCGGCACAAGCUGGUAAUUUGAGCAUGGUGCAAGGUCCGAGCGUGGCGGAUGUUGCCACUAGACCAGGGGGGUUGACAGAGGCUGAGAAGCCGAUGGUGGUGGAGCUGGCGAUGAUGGCGAUGGAGGAGCUGGUCCGUAUGGCGCAGUCCGAGGAGCCUCUGUGGGUGCGUACACCUGAAUCCGGGAGGGAGCAGCUGAACUACGAUGAGUAUCUGCGGCAGUCUCCUCGUGGCAUUGGGAUGAAGCCGCCGGGCCUGAAGACGGAGGUUACCCGCGAAACGGCAAUGGUAAUGAUGAACGGCGUGAAUUUGGUGGAGACGCUGAUGGACGCGACGCAGUGGAUUGACAUGUACCCUUGCAUGGUGUCUCGGGCACUCACUGUGGAUGUGCUGUCGACGGGCGUGGCUGGCAAUCGCAAUGGCGCAUUGCAACUCAUGUACGCGGAGCUGCAGGUGCUGUCCCCACUCGUGCCGACCCGCGAGAUAUACUUCCUGCGGUAUUGCAAGCAGCAUGCGGAGGGCGUGUGGGCGGUAGUGGAUGUGUCGGUGGAAUCUCUUAGAGACAAUCCACCCCCUUCACUGAUGAGAUGUCGACGUCGUCCUUCUGGAAUUUUAAUCCAAGAUACUCCCAAUGGAUAUGCGAAGGUGACGUGCGUGGAGCACAUGGAGUACGACGACCGUGCUGUGCACAGGAUGUACCGAGAGCUGGUGAAUUCUGGGAUGGCAUUCGGAGCCCAGCGGUGGAUGGCGACUCUGCAGAGGCAAUGCGAGAGGCUGGCGAGCCUGCUGGCGAGCAACAUUGCGUCUCGCGACCUGGGUGGAGUUCCAAGCGCUAACGGGCGGCGGAGCAUGCUGAAACUGGCUCAAAGAAUGACGAAUAAUUUCUGCGCGGGAGUCAGCGCGUCGACAGUGCACACAUGGACGACGCUCUCCGGCAGCGGGGACGACGACGUGCGAGUGAUGACCCGCAAGAGCGUGGACAAUCCUGGAGAGCCGCAUGGCAUCGUGCUGAGCGCUGCGACGUCGAUGUGGCUACCUGUGUCACCGGCACGAGUGUUCCAGUUCCUUCGCGACGAGCGACUGCGGAGCGAGUGGGACAUAUUAUCCAACGGCGGAAUGGUGACGGAAAUGGCUCACAUCGCCAAGGGUCAGGAUCCAGGAAACAGCGUUUCCCUGUUGAAGGUUAACGCGAUGAAUACGAACAACAGCAACAUGCUGAUUCUGCAAGAGAGCUGCACGGAUGUGUCGGGAUCGUUGGUGAUUUACGCUCCCGUGGACAUCCCAGCGAUGAACCUGGUGCUGCAAGGGGGUGAUCCGGCGUAUGUGGCCCUUCUGCCCUCUGGAUUCGCAAUCCUUCCCGACGGUCCCGGAGGUGGUGACAGAGUCUAUAUGGGAGAGCAGCCGGGGCAGCUGACGGAGAGCGGGCGCGGCAGUGGGUCACUUCUGACGGUAGCCUUCCAGAUUCUUGUGAGCAGUGUCCCUUCCGCGCGGCUGUCUCUGGAGUCUGUGGCUACGGUGAACAACCUGAUUUCUUGCACAGUGCAGCGCAUCAAGGCGGCGUUACUUGUGGACGACGCCUAAGAUCGGUCGGUAUCCAUAAGAACAGCGGCUCUCGGAAUAAAAUUGGCAGCACGUUCUGUUCUCUUUGGGGAAGAACCUCUGCCGGUCCACCACAUGUGGUGACAUCUGGACGUCACGGUCUCACUUCCGGUGGUGGGCGCAGCAGGGAAUAGUAGUACAAAUGGUCAGCGGGUGGGCAUUGAGGAGCCUUCAAGACUGUGUGUUAUCUCACAUUGAGCGUGGUCUUGAGCGUUCCUCAGGAGGGGGAAAAAAGGGGGAAAAAAAAAAGAAAAAAAGAAGAAGAAGAAAACUAACAGGUGGUGAGCAGCAGGAUUGCAUGAAAGUGAUCGAAGAAAUACCAAGAUGGUGACGAGACAAGACAAGAUCAGACAAGACAAACUACGCCAUUAAAUUACAUUAGUGUUGGCAAUUUACGGAUUAUACAGACACGACGUUUAAGUUGCUAGGGGUAGGAAAUGAGUCAAGAGCGAACCACCACUGAUGGCCCUCACUGCGUGGUUUAGUGGGAUCAGUGCACUCACUCGUGUGCAAGAUCGAUGCCGGUGCCCCAGCCCGACCUUCUUCUUGCCCACUUGCCCUAAUUAUAUUGGUGCAUGUGCUUCACCACGCAGCCAGGGUAGUGGUUCGGGUAUUGACUUACUUUCAACCAUCCCUCUUUCAUUUCUCACGGCAUUUGAACAUUGCUCAGCCAAUCCUGUCUUUGACAGCUUUGUGGAUUUUGGUCCCCUGUAAUCAGUACAUGGCUCGGCGUUGCUCACCUUGUAUA